AUGUCUGUCUCUGUGGCUACAACUGAUAGUUUGGAUCGAACACAUUCUCUUGAUAUCUUUUCUAAUAUAGACCAUAUAUCUAUAUUGACAAACCGUGAAGCUGUUCAGUCUACUGAAAUUGCUGGUUUUAGAGUUGGGGAAAUCUCUCUUCUUAAUGGUGAGUCAUAUUCCGGCUCCCUUCUUGGCAACGUUCCGGAGGGACAGGGUAAGUAUGUGUGGUCGGAUGGUUGUGCAUAUGACGGUGAGUGGAGAUUGGGGAUGAGAAAUGGAUUUGGGAAAAUACAAUGGCCUUCUGGUGUUGUGUAUGAAGGUGAAUUCUCUGGUGGGUAUAUCCAUGGUACAGGAACAUAUAUUGGUCCGGAAAAUCUGACCUACAAAGGUCGAUGGCGAUUCAAUCUUAAACAUGGCCUGGGUUAUCAAGUUUAUCCAAAUGGAGAUAUAUUUGAAGGCUCUUGGAUCCAAGGAACUCCAGAGGGGCCAGGCAAGUAUAUCUGGGCUAACGGAAAUGUAUAUUUGGGAAAUAUGAAAGGUGGGACAAUGUCGGGAAAAGGAACUCUUACUUGGGUAAGUGGAGACUCAUUUGAAGGAAGCUGGUUAAAUGGCAUGAUGCAUGGUCUUGGAGCAUAUACUUGGAGUGAUGGGGGCUGCUAUGUCGGGACCUGGACACGGGGUUUAAAAGAUGGCAAAGGAACCUUUUAUCCAAAAGGAAGCUGUCUUCCAUCUGCACAAGAAGUAUAUCUCAAUGCAUUAAGGAAAAGAGGGCUAUUACCCGAUUUGAGAAAACAGAACCAGGUGCAUAUUCAUCAUACUGCUUCAGUGAAUAUGGGUGACAGCAAAGCCGGUGAGAGCCAGAGAUCAAGUGGUGUUUCAUCCGAUAAGCUUGCCACAAGAAACCUAUUAAAUCUGGACCAAUCUCGCAGCAAAAAUGUUUCUCUCGAAAGGCGGUGGAGUCUCGAGGUAGCUAUUGAGAAAGUGAUUGGCCAUGAUUCACAAUUAGCUUCAACAGAUUCUGUCUUCCAAAAUGGAAAUAAGGAGGUUAAUGAAAAGAUCCCAAUUUUGGAACGUGAGUAUAUGCAAGGGGUUUUAAUAAGUGAGGUAGUUUUAAAUAAUAGUUUUUCAUCACUAACUAGACGAGCAAAGCAGCUUAAAAAAAAGAUUGCUAAAGAAAUCAAAAGACCAGGGGAACAAAUUAUUAAAGGCCACAGGAGCUACGAUCUGAUGCUUAGUUUGCAACUUGGGAUAAGGUAUACUGUGGGAAAGAUUACCCCAAUACAAAGACGAGAAGUUCGGGCAUCGGAUUUUGGUGCCAAAGCAAGCUUUUGGAUGAAUUUUCCUAAAGAAGGUUCUCAAUUGACACCUCCUCAUCAGUCGGAUGAUUUUAAAUGGAAGGAUUACUGCCCUAUGGUGUUCAGAAAUUUGAGAGAAUUAUUCAAGAUUGAUGCUGCAGACUAUAUGAUGUCUAUUUGUGGAAAUGAUGCUUUAAGAGAACUAUCUUCUCCAGGGAAAAGUGGUAGUGUCUUUUUCCUGUCUCAGGAUGAUCGUUUCAUGAUCAAGACACUGAGAAGAUCAGAAGUGAAGGUUCUUCUAAGAAUGCUUCCAGAUUAUCAUCAUCAUGUCAAGUCAUAUGAGAAUACACUCAUUACCAAAUUUUUUGGUCUCCAUAGGAUUAUACCUUCAAGUGGUCAAAAGUUUCGCUUUGUUGUAAUGGGAAAUAUGUUCUGCACAGAACUGAGGAUUCAUAGGAGAUUCGAUUUAAAAGGUUCGUCUCUUGGACGUUCUUCUGACAAGAUAGAAAUUGAUGAGAAUACCACUCUUAAAGAUUUGGAUUUGAACUAUUGCUUUUAUUUGGAACCGUCUUGGCGGGAGUCUUUAUUAAAGCAGAUUGAGACUGACAGCAUGUUCUUAGAGGAACAGCACAUAAUGGAUUAUAGCCUUCUUCUAGGUGUUCAUUAUCGAGCUCCUCAGCAGUUGCGUCCUCCCGCGUCCUACAACCAUAGUACAAGUUUAGAGGGUUUGGCAAGGCUUGCAGAGGAAGACCCUCUAGAGGAUGAAGUAUAUAACUAUCCACAAGGUCUUGUUCUGGUUCCCCGGGGAGCAGACGAUGGAAGUGUUGUUGUCGGGUCUCACAUUAGAGGUAGCCGAUUGCGAGCAUCAGCUGCUGGUGAUGAGGAGGUGGAUCUACUUCUACCCGGUACUGCAAGACUUCAAAUCCAGCUAGGUGUGAACAUGCCAGCAAGGGCAGAACAGAUUCCAGGAAAAGAAGAUUCACAAAUGUUCCAUGAAGCUUAUGAUGUUGUACUUUACUUGGGUAUCAUCGAUAUACUGCAAGAUUACAACAUGACUAAGAAGAUUGAACAUGCGUAUAAAUCUAUUCAGUUUGAUUCAUUAUCAAUCUCCGCCGUGGAUCCUACAUUCUACUCGCGCCGCUUUCUGGAUUUUAUCCAGAAAGUGUUUCCAUCAAAUGUGGCAGGAUGA